AAUGCACAUCAUUUGGAUGCUCUUACAGUUUUUACCAUUGCUUCUCCAUUAUACAUACUGGCUAAAGUAAAGAUAAAAAAUAAAAACAUUAUUUUAUUUAAACAAUCAGUGUUCUGUUGUGUACAACAUUGUACGUGUGAAAUAUGCUCCAUGCUAGAGGAAAUCAUGUUCGAAACUUAGCAACCAAUUUAAGAGACGACAUCAAAAACACCAUGUUAGAAAAUUCUGAGGCAUCGAUGAAGUCUCCGAAAAAGUCACCGAAAACACCGACAGAGUCACCGAACGAGUCACCGUUAAAUAGUACAUUGAAAGAAACACUAACAAAUCCAACAUCAAGCAAGGAACAGGACACGAUUCUCGCGGAAAGAGAGUUGGAGUGUAAGUUGAAGAAUGACAGAAAUUUACAACAUUAUAAUACGAAAUUCUGGCAGCUAUUAAGCAUCUUGGAUACAGACUUUCUCUUACAGAUUGAAACGGUCUUGUUGUAUGGAUGGAGUAAAAAUUUUAUAAACUAUAAUGCGGCUUUAAUUGUAACGAAAGAUAAGAACGUUUACGAGGUGGGCACUACAUUGGAGCAUUUAGGAUUAAACUGUAUAAAUAGUACUCCACAGCCUGAAAAAGUAAGAGCUCUGUGUCAAGAAAAUAUCAAAACCAUGAUAAGUAGUUGUGAACCAUGCUUAUUCGUACUGACUGAGGAAGGAAAGAUAUAUUCCUGGGGCAACAAUGAAACUAGCAAAUUGGGACAUAAUACAACGAACAUAAUUAAUGAAUAUGGAUUAAUUGAUACAAUAAUAUUCAGCCCUCUUCAAGUGAGUGGAUUAGCAGACAAACACAUAGUGGACAUUAAAUGCGGUUAUUUUCAUGUUCUCGUGCUCACCGACGAUAGAAAGGUGUACGGUUGGGGAUUAAACAAACUCGGACAAAUUGAUGAUACUAAUGCUGAUGAUAAUCUGGCUGGAAUGCCGAUAGAAGUCGUAAUUAAGGAUGAAAAGGAUAAAAAGAAAGCAAUUGAAAGCAUUUCUUGCGGCUCUACUUUCAGCAUGGCUAUUACUUGCGACGGCGAACUUUAUAGUUGGGGCGAAAAUGUAUAUGGUCAACUCGGAGUUGGCGAUAAUCUCAUACAUUGGAAACCGAUAAAAAUUAUGAUAGAUGUCGCAAUAGCGAAAGUGGAAUGCGGAUUAAAUCAUACGUUGGCGCUUAGCCGGGAAGGUUUGCUCUAUGUCUGGGGUCGAAACGACCAAGGACAAUUGGGCACGGGGAACUAUCACGAAGCCUAUCAUCCCAUUCUGAUGGACACGAAGAAAAUCGGGAAGGUGACGGAUAUCGCCACUCAAAUUGACUGCAAGAAAAGUGCGGCAAUUAAUACAGACAAACGUAUCUACGUAUGGGGUGAUUAUGCUUCUUAUGAUAUUUUGAGCCCAAUUGUUGUUAAUCUUGACAACAUACAAGACGUGUUCACAACGAACAUAAAUGUAUCGCGCAAGCCUUGUUUCGUCAAAGUCGAGAAACAGAAAUCAAAUAUCCUAAAAUGUUGGGAAGCUGCAUUCAACAAUUCCACGUCCGCUGAUGUUGAAUUUGUAGUGGAUCAACAAUCUUUACACAUUCACAGGACAUUCAUAAUGAUUCGCUGUCCGGAAAUGUUUAAAGUAGUCUUUGCGAAUAAUACAGAUAAAGUCAUCACUCGAAAUGAUUUCUCUGCUGCUUCAUAUAAAGCCUUCUUAAAAUAUUUAUACACUGAUGUAAUUGAUGUAAUUGAUGUAUCUCAUGAGGCAUUAGAGUUGUUCAGCUUAGCUAUUCUUUACCACGAAGAAAUUCUUGUAAAAAAUUGCAGUCGGAUGAUAAAAGAAAUGACUACCAUAUCAAAUGUCAUGUAUUUUUAUGGCGCGGCGAUAUCGUCGAAAGUAAAGGAACUGGAGGAGUUUUGUUUCAAGUAUGCUAUAAAUAAUCUGACGGCUGUGGUAAAGACAGAAAGUUAUGCUGAAUUACCAGAAAAAUUGCGGUUUGACUUUGUAAUUAAAGCAGCCGAUGCUCGAGCUUUUAAACAUUAAUUUGUCUGUCUGGGAAUUUAUUAGUCUAUAUAUUUACUAACGUAUACUAAUAGCAGUCUGAUAAAAGAUUAGUAUGAAUAGGUUUAUUUUAAAUAUUUAAAUUUGCAUUUUAAUCGUCUUAAUUUGUAUUUUAUCCAUAACAUAUCGUGUGAGUAAGUAAAUUUGAUAUAAAAUUGUAAUGUUAAUUUAUGUGCGCAAAUAAUGUUCCAUUUUUUACGGAUUCUUGCUUCGAGAUUAGAGUUAAUAUUGUAAGACUCUUGAGAUUAAUUUAGAAUUCACACAAACAAAGAUAGAGAGACUGUGGUAGAAAAGAUAAGACUUAUAUUUAGCAAAUUUUAAUUUUCUAAUUCUGAAAUACAAGAAUUA